AUAUGGCCCCGUAUUAUGAAGCGCUCUGCAAGUCUCUUGAAUGGCAGAUAGACGUGGAUCUGUUGAACAAAAUGAAGAAAGCUAACGAGGAAGAACUGAAACGUCUCGACAACGAAUUAGAAGAUGCGGAAAAGAUCUUGGGGGAGAGUGAAAUCCGAGAUGCAAUGAUGGCCAAAGCUGAGUACCUGUGCAGGAUUGGGGACAAGGAGGGAGCUCUGACUGCGUUCCGCAAGACUUACGACAAAACUGUGGCGCUGGGACACCGUCUGGAUAUUGUGUUCUAUCUUCUAAGGAUUGGCUUGUUUUAUAUGGAUAACGACCUCAUCACACGGAACAUUGAAAAGGCAAAAAGUCUAAUAGAAGAAGGAGGAGACUGGGACAGGAGAAAUCGCCUCAAAGUGUACCAGGGCCUUUACUGUGUAGCUAUUCGAGAUUUCAAACAAGCAGCAGAGCUCUUCCUUGAUACAGUUUCGACGUUUACAUCCUAUGAACUUAUGGAUUACAAAACAUUUGUAACGUACACGGUCUAUGUCAGCAUGAUUGCAUUAGACAGGCCUGACCUUAGGGAAAAGGUUAUUAAAGGAGCAGAGAUUCUGGAAGUGUUACACAGUUUGCCAGCUGUACGGCAGUAUCUCUUUUCUCUUUAUGAAUGCCGUUACGCCGCCUUUUUCCAGUCGUUAGCUAUUGUAGAGCAAGAGAUGAAAAAAGAUUGGCUGUUUGCACCUCACUAUCGAUACUAUGUACGGGAAAUGAGAAUUCAUGCGUACAGCCAGCUCCUAGAGUCUUACCGGUCAUUGACGUUAGGAUACAUGGCAGAAGCAUUUGGAGUCAGUGUAGAAUUCAUAGAUCAGGAGCUCUCAAGAUUUAUUGCAGCUGGGCGAUUACACUGCAAAAUAGACAAAGUAAAUGAGAUUGUAGAAACUAACAGGCCUGAUAGCAAGAACUGGCAGUACCAAGAAACCAUCAAGAAAGGAGAUUUACUGCUAAACAGAGUUCAGAAACUUUCCAGAGUAAUUAAUAUGUAAUUUUUUUAAUGCAAGGGAAUGCAAAAUUUAGAUGUUUAAAACAUUUUGGAAGUAACCUAUAAAUAUAUUGUAUAACUUGGUAUACUAUAGGUAAAAAAAUUACUAGCGAGAGGUAGUGUUUUUACUUUCCACUUCAUUAUGUAAACAAUGUUCUGUUUUGGUGUAUGGAUCCCAGUUCAUUUAUUAAAUGUAUAAUACAGUUGGUGAUCUCUUGUAAUAGACUUUGUUCCUUUACUUGACUGUGUAUACAGCGUUCAAUACUUAAUAGCAAAGCAGGGUCAGAUCGCUGCCCAGAGAACUAACGGCGAUUCUCAGCUUGCUUUUUUAAGACUUCUGUAUUUGAAUCAAGGGUGAAAAGAAUCGGUUGCAUAAUAGCAAAGGAGCCAAAAAUUUUAGUUUGUGCACUGUCCAGACAGAACGAACUCUUGUUGGGAGAGGAUUGCAGCUUACGGGAGAAGGAAUAAGGGUACAAAUGACUGUGGUGAAGCAAUAAUUUAACCAUGAAAACUGUAAGGGCUACAACUUUGGGAACACCUUUAACUGAAGUAGCCUCUCCCUUAACAUGACAUUUUUGCUAGCUGUUGAAAAGAAAGUCAGCGCAUUAGCAAAGCAUUACAUUUGUAAUUACUUCCUCUGUUAGAUUUGCAGAUGUCAACAUGACGGUAGGAACAGUGGGAGAUACUACUGCAGUUUGACACAACUGAUCAAACACUGCAGGGGGUUACGAUUUCUUUCUUCACAGCCACCACUGAGGAAUAGAUGUUUCAAGUCGGCUGCUGCCGCACUGACGACACACGGUUUCUGGCCGUAGCAGAGCCUUCGGCAGCAGCUGCUUACCCUGCCCCCUCGGCUGGAGGUUUCUUUUUUUUCCUUUCUCCCAAAGAAAGCCUGUGACUUAGUGCCGUUAGCUGUUUGAUGCCACUGCACUUAGCAACAGAAUCCAUUUACUGUCUGUAUUCAUUGCGACUUCAAUGCGUGAAGACCUACAGGUAGAUACACCCACAGAAUGAUCCUGACAUUUGGAAGCUACUGUGCAACAGCUAGGACGGCGUGGACUUUCACGUGCCCGCUCCUCUUCCUGGGAGAUCACGGAGGAUCUCCCGUCUUGGAGUCGCUGCCACCUGCCCGAGGUUAGACUCCCCGGCAGUAAUGCUGAGGGUCCAUUAAUAUUCUCUGUUGAACUGUUCCGAAACCCAAAAUAUGACCUAAUGAUUCGGGGGUUUCUUUUACUACUUACUAGAAGCUGUUUUGUUUUUUCCAAGUAGCAGCUAUUUAGCUGAGUUUAAAGAUUUAAAUUUCAGACGGUACCACUUAGAAGAAAAUUCUGAUCUUCGCUUUCUUUAGAACAGUGGGAGUAAUAAAGAGAAGCCUGGUUUGUUUACCACGUGGUCAGCUAUCGAUUCUGUAUUUUGUGUGUUCACACGCAGAUCGCUUCUUACAAAGUUUUAAUUGAUUUAGGCCAAUAUUCAGACUUUCAGAGCUGCAAUAACAUCUCUAGAUCUGUUCCAUAUCGGAUGAAGUAUAGCUAGCUAGGAAGACUUUAGUGCUGGCUGCCUUCUGGUAACGUCUUUUCCACCUUCCAUACACGCAAGUGUUAAGCGCAUCGGAAGACCAUGCUGCAGACGGUGCGGGCCGUAGGCUUCACUGAAUUGAGGGGUUUCGUUUCUGGUACACGGAUGAAUUUUCCUUUCCAACGUAUUUGUACUUGAACUGGCCUUAAUUAACUGUAUCAAAGCUGCUUGAAAUAAAUCUCAGGAUUUCCAGU